AUGGCCUACGCAUCUGGUGGUGGAUCUAGCCUCAAAUUUAUAGUUGUUGGUGAUUUGAAUAAUGAUGCUUCUUUGGAUAUCGUCUUGGCUAAUUACGGUACUGGUAAUCUAGGUGUCCUGUUUGGAUAUGGAAAUGGUAAUUUCGAAAAUCAAAUGAUACUUAGUAAUGGCUGGAAUCCUCAUCCGACUUCAAUUACUAUUGAUGAUUUUAAUGGUGACAGUAUAGUCGAUAUUGCUGUUGCUGACUAUGAUAGAAUGUAUGUAGAUAUGCUGCUUGGAAACGGGAACAGAUCAUUUGAAUCUCGAACAAGCAAAGGAAUUAGUUUGGAUUCACGUUUGUUAGCCAUGGCUUCUGGUGAUUUUAAUAAUGAUAAACGAUCGGAUAUAGUCAUCAUUUAUGAUGGAAUGGAUAAGGUAGAUAUCUUAGUUAGCUACAAUUAUUUUUUCUCAGCAGCAAAAAAAUAUUCAGUUGGCCAUGAUCAUAGAUCUAUCGCUACUGGUGAUUUCAAUAGCGACAAUCGACUAGAUAUCGUUCUCUCCAAUAAUGUCGAGAAUUAUGUGAGUGUCAUUCUUGGAUAUGAGGACGGUUCUUUUACAAAAGAAAUAAGAUAUACAGUUGGGGAAUGGCCACGAUCUGUAGCUGUUGGGGAUUUUAAUAACGACAAUCGACUAGAUAUCGUGGUCGCCAAUUCCGCAGGCGCUGAUGUGAGUGUUCUUCUUGGAUAUGGCAAUGGUUCUUUUGCAAAACAAACGAGCUAUUCGGUUGGAAACUGGCCACUAUCUGUAGCUGUUGGUGAUUUCAAUAACGACAACCGACCAGAUAUCGUUGUCGCCAAUUCGGACAGUGAUGAUGUGAGUGUCCUUCUUGGAUAUGGCAAUGGUUCUUUUGCAGACGAAAAAAGAUAUUUAGUUGGCUCUAAUCCACAAUCUGUAGCUGUUGGUGAUUUCAACAACGACACGCGACUAGAUAUCGUUGUCGCCAAUUGGGAAAGCGAUAAUGUGAGUGUCCUUCUUGGACAUGGAAAUGGUUCUUUUGCAAAACAAACAAGAUAUUCAGUUGGCUCUCAUCCAACAUCUGUCGCUGUUAGUGAUGUCAAUAACGAUAAUCGACUAGAUAUCAUCGUCGUCAAUUCGUAUAGCAAUGAUUUGACUGUUCUGCUUGGAUAUAAGAACGAUUCUUUUCUAAAAGAAACAAUAUCUUUAGUUGGCUCUUUUCCAUUUAAUGUCGCUGUUGGUGAUAUCAAUAAAGAUGCUCGACUAGAUCUUGUUGUCGCCAAUGCUCAUAGCAGUGAUGUGAGUGUCCUUCUUGGAUAUGGGAACGGUUCUUUUGGAGAAGAAACAAGAUAUUCGGUUGACUCUCAAGCAUUCUUUGUCGCUGUUGGUGAUUUUAAUAACGACAAUCGACCAGAUCUCGUUGUCACUGGUUGGUAUAGCACAUAUGUGAGUGUCCUUCUUGGCUAUCACCGUACAGCUCUUGCAAUACACAGAACACUCAUUACUGGAAAUGGUUCCCGACCACAGUCGUUAGUAAUUGACGAUUUUAACAACGAUAAUCUUAUGGAUAUCGCUAUUGCUAGUACAGGCACCCACAAUAUCGGUAUUUUUCUUGGAUAUGGCAAUUUCUCUUUUACAAAGCAAGUAACAUAUUCAAUUCAAUCAUCUUUAUCGCCAUGCUCUAUAGCUGCGGGUGAUUUCAACAAUGAUUUUCGACUAGAUAUCGCCCUUGUUAGUUGUGAAUCGGAUAAGGUUGGUGUUUUGCUUGGAUAUGGCAAUGGUUCUUUUGGAAAUUUUGAUUUUAAUGUUUAUGAAGCAGAUGAAAUCGAUAAUGAAAUCGAGACCGAUGUUGAAGCGACAUCAUUACAUGAUGAUUUACAACAGCAAAACUUAACUCCAGAUCAAUUACACCAUUUAUUCUCUCAAGUUAGUUCGGAAUUAGUUGCAGAAUCAUUAGAUGAUCAAGAGUUUUUUAAACGUGAAGUAACAAUCAAACCACCGAAAACAAGUACAGUGAUACAAACACCAUUCCCACCUCCUCUAUCCGAUCGUAAAGAAGAUUUUAAUAUUAAUGUUGAAGAAUUAAAACAAUUAGUUAAAACAGAAGCAGGUCCACUGAUUAUUGAAAGAUACUCACCUGAUAAAGAAGAAAUUGAUCAUGUAUUAUCGACUAUUACAUUGACAUUUAAUCAACCCAUGAUCGCUAUUGCAUCAUUAGAUGAACAGAUGAAUCCAGAAGGUCUAGGGAUAUCGUUAACACCAAAAACAGAAGUACGUGAUGAUGAGCAUACUAUACAAACUGUCGAAUUAGAACUACUAGAUGAAGAAACAGCAAAAACUGAAUUUAAAUCAUUAAUGAAUGGAAACGAAGGAAACCGUCAGCAAUAUAUUGCAUUUACAUUUAAAAAUGAAUUAUUGAAGGCAACACAAUAUACAAUUCAAGUACCUGAAGAUUGUCCAUCAGCAGAGGGGCCACUAAAGACAAAAUCAGAGUGGUCGGCUGACUUCCAUACUUAUGAACCUUUGAAAAUAAUUGAUUGGCUUCCAAAUAUAAACAAUACGUAUCAGAAAACUGCUGUUCCUGGUGAAAAUUGGUCACUUACAUUCAAUAAUUCCUUAGAUCAUUCAACAAUUAAAAAAUUCAUAUUUAAAUUCGAGCCGGAAGUCGCUAUUUUAAGUAUUGAACAGAGAGAAUACCAUGAUCGAGAAAUAAUAAUACGUAAUAAUUCUCAACCAAAUACUGUCUAUUCAUUGUUUAUACAACUAGGAAUAUUGAAAGAUAUUCAUGGUCAAGCAUUAGAAGAAGACCAUUUCGAUCAACCAAUUCAAUUUCAUGUAAAUGAUUCAAAUUCGCGAUUGUUUGGAGCUUUAUCAGGUGAAUCAGAUAAGAACGGCACAGUAACUGCAUGGGUUACUAAUUUAAUAACUGGUGCACCUAUCAGUCAAGCAACUGUUUCAAUAUUGAAUCAGAAAAAAAUAACAAAUAAACAAGGAUUAUGUACUAUUGAAAGGUGCAUGGUAGAGAAUCAUGAAAGAAGACAAGUGGAAAGCGGAGAAAAAGAAAUAUUAGUCGUAGAAAAAGAUGACGAUCAAUGUAUGGAAGUAAAUAUCUCUCCUAAUGAAACAGAUGAUGAUGUUUACGUCUGGCAUGUGUUUAAUGAUCGUGGUUUAUAUAGACCAAAGGAAAAUUUGCAUAUAAAAGGUUAUGUUCGAUUAUUAAAACAAGAAGGUGAAGCAAAAGUACCUACUUAUAGUCAAGAUGUAAUCAACUACACGAUUUAUGAUUCUCAACACCAACAACUUCAACAGUCAAAAGUGGAAUUGAAUAAAUAUGGUGCAUUUGAUGUCAUAUUUACAUUACCUGAUAAUGUUAACUUAGGUGAUGGAUGCGUAAAGUUCAGUUUAUCAAAUUUCGAAAAUAGUACAAAACAUUAUUUUAAUGUUCAAGAGUUCAGAAAACCAGAGUAUCAAGUUUCAUCAAUGAUUCAAUCAACAACUGCACAUUUUUGUCAUCCAACCGUUGAUGAAUACGUCAUAGCUACUUGUCAAGGGAAAUUAUUUUCUGGUGACUACUUAAGUUAUGCGAAUGUUAAGUGGACAGUACAAGCUAAAACAACAACAUUCAUACCAGCUAAAAGAUCUGACUAUAUAUUUGGCAGAGGACAAUCAUUCUUCUCCUGGUCUGGUGAUGAUGAUGAAACCAACAUAUCAUAUCCAAAAAAACAUCUUCAAGGUAAAACAAAUAAUAAAGGUCAACAUGAAAUAAAAAUUACCUAUCACGGUAUUGAACAAGAACCAAGACCAAUAAUUAUUCAUGCAUUGGCAGCCAUUACUGAUUUGAAUUUUCAAACACAAGAAACACAAGCAAAUUUUCUCAUUCAUCCAAGCACAUAUUAUGUUGGAUUUCAAUUCGUAAAGAAUUAUGGAAAGAAAGAUGAACCGGUGCAAACAAAAGUUAUCGUAACAGACAUUGAUGGAAAUCUAGUCGAUAACGUUUUAGUUCAGUGUGAGAUAAUUGGACAUGGCAAGGAAAAAAAAGAAAAUCAAAAUGGUUUAACAAUAUUUGAAGACGUCACAGAUGAACAAAGAUUAACAGUUUUCAGUUCAAAUAAAGAUGUAGUUAAUCUCGAUUUUACACCAAAAAUAGAUGAACAAGGACGAUUAGCUAUGAGUUACUAUGAAAAUUUUUAUGUUUCUGGUGGUUAUGAACAAGAAGAAGUAGAAGAACGAAAAGUAGAUUAUAUUCCAACUGAUAGAGUCACAAUUGUACCAAAUGCAAAAACUUAUCAACCGAAUGACUUAUGUGAAUUACUAAUCUUAGCACCGUUUAGUCCAGCUAAUGGUCUACUCAUACUCGAUUGUGACGGUCAAGUCUCACAACCAAUACAUUUUCAAAUAGAAUCUGAAAAAGAUUCAACAACUCUUGCAUUUAGAAUAUCAAAAGAUUGGGUACCAAACUUCACAGUCUACGCUGAACUAACAGGCUCAACUCCAAGAGAGACGGAAAUGAGUGAUUUCCUACAUCGUCCAGCAAUUGCUACUGGUUCAACAUCAUUAGAAGUAUCAAAAGAUAUUUAUAAAUUGAAUGUUUUAAUUAAUACGAAGGAAACAAAUAAAUCAUAUACACCAUCAUCAACUAUUCAUAUGGAUGUUAAUGUUACACAAUAUGUAGAUAAAUCACCUGUAGACAAUGCAGAAGUUUGUUUAAUCGUUGUUGACGAAGCAAUCUUAUCCUUAAUCGGUCAUGAAAUAGACACUCCAUUAGAUAUCUUUUAUCCUAAACGAUCAGAAAAUAUCACAGAAUACCAUAGUAGAGAUCGUUGUUUGUUAUUGAAUGCACAAGAUAUUGAACAACGUAAAAAAGAUAUACGAGCUCGCUAUUUAGAUGAUCGUUACGGUGGUGGUGGUGGUGGUGGCGGUGGCGGUGGCGGUGGCGGUGGCGGUGGUGGCGAUGAUUAUGAAUUGUACCGUAUGCUCAAGUCGAUUCCUCCUGGCGCUCAGCAAAAAAUAGCCGUUCGAUCAAACUUCAGUCCAGUCGCAUGUUGGACACCCUCAUCAAUCACUGACUCAUCAGGACGAGUUUCAGUUGAAGUCAAACUGGCUGAUAGUCUAACACGCUAUCGUGUAUGGGCGAUAGUCGCAACUGAUAAACAAUAUGGUUCAGGUGAAAUGUCAUUAACCGUACAAUUACCAAUUAUGAUUCGACCUUCACCACCGAGGUUCCUUAAUUAUGGAGAUACAGCUUACUUCUCAGUUAUUUUGCAAAAUCAAACCGAUUUAUCAUUAUUAUUACAUGCUGGUUUGAGAGCAAUCAAUGCUAAAUUAUUAACAUCACAAACAAAUGAACAAACAAUUGGUUAUUCAAUUGUAUUACAACCAAAUAAACGUGCUGCUCUUACAUUUCCUGUAACAACAAUUCAUUCUGGUACAGCUCGAUUUCAGUUCAUAAUCAUCACUGCUAACAAUGAAACAUAUGCAUCAUUUGGUGAUGCAGUUGAACUAAGUCUACCUGUAUUUACACCAGCAACGUCUGAAGCAUUUGCAACAUAUGGUGAUGUAUCUAAAGAAAUUGUUUUACAACCAAUAAAAACACCAAACAAUGCUCUUCCACAGUUUGGUGAAGUAUCAAUAACAACAAGUUCAACAGCAUUAGCAUCAUUAACUGAUGCAAUUGUCUCACUCUAUACAUAUCCAUAUGAAUGUACAGAACAAUUAAGUUCAAGAUUAUUAGGUAUACAAUCAUUGUGGAAUGUUAUAGAGGCAUUUCGUUGUAAAGAAUUACCUGACAUAUCCGUAUUGAAAACUAGAUUAGAAUCAGAUAUAAACCUAUUAAAGAGUCGUCAGUAUUCAAAUGGUGGAUUUGGUUAUUGGACAAAUCAAAAUAAUUCUCAUGCUGAUCCAUAUAUGAGUAUACAUGUUGCACAUUGCUUGGCUGUCAUUGUUAAUAAAAGGGUAUUUCAUGUUGAUGUGAACAUGGUGAAAAAAUCGCUCAAAUACCUUGAAAACAUUGAAUCUGAAAUUGAUCAAUUAUCAUACAGUAAAUAUUGGUCUGAAAGAACUCGAUUUAGUUUGAUGAGUUAUGCAUUAUACGUACGAACGAAAUAUCGUCAAAAUGUUGCUGAUCAAUCUUUAAAAUUAUUUCAACAAAGUGGAUUUGAUAAACUUAGUUUAGAAGCAUUAGGUUGGUUAUUAAUAGCGUUAUCGACAAAUAAAAACAAUAAUAAAAAUGAUAUUAUCGAUAUUAUAUACAGAUAUCUCAAAGGUAAUGUAAGUGAAACAAGUGAAACAGCUAAUUUUAUUACAUCAUAUGGUGAUGAUGGUCAAUCAGUUAUGUUACAUUCAAAUCAACGAACAGAUGCUAUUUUAUUAGAAUCAUUAUUAUGCAUUGAUCCAAACUCCGCUCUUUGUACUAAAUUAUGUAAAGGUUUACAAGUGCAUAAAGUGAAAGGUGCAUGGAAAUCAACACAAGAAAAUUGCUUUGUAUUAAUUGCACUAGAUAAAUAUUUUAACGUUAAAGAAGAAGAUACACCAGAUUUUGUUGCUCAUAUUUGGCUUGACAAUGAUUAUUGUGGUCAGCAUCAAUAUAAAGGUCGAACAACAAAUUCACACACAAUAAAUAUUCCUAUGAAAUCAAUCAUAUCGCCAUCAUCAUCAUCAUCUAACAUAAAUAAUAAUGAUAGGAAUCUAAUCUUGAACAAAGAUGGUUCUGGUCGAUUAUAUUAUCGCAUUGCAAUGAAUUAUGCUCCAUCGAAUCUGGAACUAAAUGCAGUUAAUUAUGGUUUUAAACUUGAACGAACAUACACAGCAAUUGAUGAUCCGUCACAUGUUCAGAAACAAUCGAACGGAACUUGGAAAUUCAAAUUACAAGAAAAAAUCCAAGUUACAUUAACAAUGAUAACAACACAACGACGAUACCAUGUAGCAUUAGUUGAUUAUUUACCAGCUGGUUGUGAAGCAUUAAAUACGAAACUAAAAGGCACAUUGGCAGAUGAUUCAAAUUUAACCGUAACAAGGUCAAAAAGAAAGGAUAAUUAUCAUGAAUGUCGACCAUAUUCGAGUUUUAGUUGGACUGAUCAUGAAAACUUAAGAAAUGAACGUGCUGAAGCAUUUCGAUCAUCAUUGUGGCCUGGUGUAUAUGAAUGGAGUUAUGUAAUGCGUGCGACAUGUGCUGGUACAUUUAUUAUUCCACCAGCUAGAGCUGAAGAAAUGUAUUCGCCUGAAAAUUUUGGUCGAUACAAAACAGAAAAAGUUUUUAUUGACUAA